UGAGCUCAAGCCAUCCUCCCGCCUCCCAGAGCGCUAGUAUUACAGGCAUGAGCCACGUUCUCCCUAUUUUAAAGAUAUGUGAAUGCUGAAGCAUAGAGUGAGGGAAUGGGGCUUUACAGGCAGAGUCUGGCUCCAGAGUCCACACUUGCACCCUGUUCUAGGCUGACUCUGCAGCUGAAACAUAUCCCUACCUUGGUCCUUUUCACCCCCAUACCUCUCCUUUCCUUACUGAGGAAUGAUUUCUUCUCCAACUUCCAGUCCCUGCACAAGAAACCUCAGGGCUAUCUAAAACUACCCCUCCCCUCUUGAGCUGGUCACCAAAUCAUUGCCACUAAGAGCUUAACAAUUCAUUCAGCUCUAACUGCAUGUCAAGCCCAAUGCCAGGUGCUUCCAUUCAUGCCUAUGAGAUAGGUUUUAUUAUUAUCAUUAUUUUCAUUUUAGUAAUGAAGAGACUGGGCCAUAGAGAUGCUGUUGUUGGCCCAAGAUCACACAGCUAGUAUGUGGUAGUGCUGAAACUGGAACUGCUGUGCGAUUCUGGAGUCUAUGCAUCUUAACUACCGCACUGUAUUUCUUUCCUGCUUUCUCCUGAAUCCAGUUAGUCCUCCUAAUGUCCAUUCAUUGUUUCAUUCCUUUAUUCAAUGAAUGUUUAUUAGGCACUUGGAGUGUAUGAUGCACAAUUCUGGGCACUGGGGGUAUAGCAGUGAACACAGUUAACAAAUUCCCUCAAGGAUCUCAUGGUUCUUAAUGUUUUGAUGCAAGAAAAGCAGAAAAAAAACAAGUAAACUAUGUGUGGGUGGUGGUAAGUGCUAUGAGAAAAAAUAAGACAAUGUUAGGGAUGGUGACUUAUACUAUGGUAUAUUAGGAUAUUUCAAGAAGACAUUGUUGAUAAGGUGGUAUUUUAACAGAGAUCUGAAGAAAGAGUGUGGGAGCUUUGUGACUACUGGAGGAAGAUCAUUUCAGGCAGGGAGAACAGGCCAAAGGCUCUGAGCAGGAAAUGUGCAAUAGGUAUUCUAGGAAUAGAAAGGAGGCUGACAUAGUUGGAGUGGAGCAAUUUAAUGGAAUAAUGGUAAGAGAGGAACACUCUACCCCAGGGUUUCUAAAUCUUGGCUCUAUUGACAUCUUGAGCGUGAUAAUUCUUUGCUGUGAGGGCUGUCCUGUAUAGUACAGGAUGUAUAGCAGCAUCCCUGGCCUCUACCCACUAGAUGCUAUUAGCAUUCUCCCCUAGUUGUGACAACCACAGAUGUUUCCAGACAUUGCCAAAUGUCCCGUGGGAGAUAGGGGCAAAAUCGCCUUUGGUGGAGAAUCAUUGUUCUACCCUGUCUGAACAUAUCAGUGAGGAAAAUAUUUGGAAGCUCUGUGAAUACAUCAAAAACCACAACCAGUAUCCUUUAGAGGAAUGUUACGCUGUCUUCAUAUCUAACGAGAGGAAGAUGGUACCUAUCUGGAAACAACAGACAAGACCUGGAAGUGGACCUGUGAUCUGGGAUUACCAUGUUGUUUUGCUUCAUGUUUCAAGUGGAGGACAGAGCUUCAUUUAUGAUCUAGAUACUGUCUUGCCAUUUCCCUGCCUCUUUGACACUUAUGUAGAAGAUGCCUUUAAGUCUGAUGAUGACAUUCAUCCACAGUUCAGGAGGAAAUUUAGAGUGAUCCGUGCAGAUUCAUACUUGAAGAACUUUGCUUCUGACCGAUCUCACAUGAAAGACUCCAGUGGGAACUGGAGAGAGCCUCCUCCACCAUAUCCCUGCAUUGAAACUGGAGAUUCCAAAAUGAACCUGAAUGAUUUCAUCAGUAUGGAUCCUGAGGUAGGAUGGGGAGCUGUCUACACUCUAUCUGAAUUUGUGCAUCGGUUUGGCAGUAAAAAUUACUGAACUUGACAUUAGGAUGUGGAACUGUGGAGAAAUUCUGGGACAUGAACAAGCUAUCCCUUCAUUUAGGAUAGCAAACAUGGUACAGUUGGCUUGGAAUUAUGUUUUUCACUUUUAAUUUAAUUGAAUGGAAACAUGAGUGAAUAUAAAUAUUGUAAGUGAACUAUGUAAUAACUUUUUUUGGAUAUGUCAGGUUGAAACUUGAUAUAGUAUAUAAUUGCUAAGCUAUUCCUUUGGCUUAUUUGUUAAAACAUAUGACAACUUAUGCCAGUGAUCGUUUUUGUUGAGAUAGAGGUGUGGGCUUAGAGCCAUACCCUCGUGUCUGUUCUGGAUGUUUUGUGUCUCUCCAGCUACAUUGUAAGCUCCUUGAGGGCAGGGCUGUGGCUUAUUGCUCUGUGAAUCUCUAAUGCCUGUGAAAGGUGCCCAUAAAAUGUUUUCUGGUGAAUGUGCCAUUGCUUAACAAGGGAUGAUAUUGUGAGCUGAAUCAGCAGUAAGUAUUAGUCUUUUUGGACUAGGAUAUUGUUAAAAAGAUUGCAGCCCUCUCAGACUUGAGUGUUAUUUGGCCUAUUUAUACAUGGUUUUAAAUAAAAUUGAUUUAAAAUU